GGACCUAGUGAGGAGGUAGGGCUCGAAGCCGGUGCGGCAGCCGCGACAUUGUCCCAUCACAACAAAAGGGUUCGCCCUGCGAGGCCAAGCAUGAAUACCUUCGCCUGCCAAUAACUCUCAAUUUGCUGCAAACAAACAUGUUUUCUACGACGUUCAUCACAAUUCUCACUGCUCUGCCAUUCGUGCUCGGUGUUACGAUCAGCCCUCGCGACCAUUCUGUUGGCUACUUCGUCGAGCUCGAAGCCACUGGCGAGUGCGCUUACUCUGCCACCGCUCAGAACGCGCUCUCAGUUCAUCUUGACAAGAGUUUCUACGCUACUGCUCGUGCUGACGAUAAGCUAUUCCUGUACGGUUGGACACCUGGCGUGACGACUACGGACACGGGCAUGAAUGCGGCUGGCCGCCUGACUGCCAAAGCUACGGCCGUCGCCACUGUCAGCGGCGCUCCUGAAGGUUGCUGCACUGCUGUCCUCGAGCAGACUUUCGAAUUUGACAAUAACAAGGCUGGCCUGGCCGUUAUCGGCCCUGCUAUCUUUCAACAGACAUGCAAGGCAUCUUGCGCCGACGCUGCUCAUCAGAGUAUGACUUGCCAGGCCAAGAGCAGUACCUCACUUCAGUAGCGAGCGCGUCGUUGAUCGAUUGCAUGCAUGCUUUGUAUUUUCUACAAGGUCCUCUAUAUUGCCCGUAUUCUUCUAUGGUAUGAUAUGCGUGAAGCCUCGCGCUAGGUCAGAAGCGGGAGA